GUCAUGCUCUUUAGUGUUACAUAAGCGCCCGUCUUUUGUUGUUUCCUGUAUAAGACACACAGACACAGAGAGGUUUGACUCGCCAGCGGACGUUAGAAGAGGAUCGAGUUCUGGUGCUGGACAAAAUGAAGAAGAAGCUGAUCCUGGACGUGGACACCGGCGUGGACGACGCUCAGGCCAUCAUGAUGGCCCUCGCGGCCCCCAACGUGGAGAUCCUGGGGAUCACCUGCAGCCACGGCAACACAAAGCUGGACAACGCCUGCAGGAACACGCUGCGCGUGCUGAAGGCCUGCGGCCGGCUGGAUAUCCCGGUGUACCGCGGCUGUUCGGGGCCAGUGCUGGGCAUCCAACGCCACGCGGGAGAUUUCCACGGGAAGGACGGGCUGGGCGACGCCCCGGACCCCGACGCUCCGGGCCUGGAGCUGCUGCAGAAGAGGAGUGCUGCGCAGGCCUUAAUUAAGAUUGCCAACCAGCACCCUGGAGAGGUGAGCCUGGUUGCCACGGCGCCCCUCACCAACCUGGCCCUCGCUGCACAGCUGAACCCUUCCUUCCCCAAGAACCUGAAGGCACUCUACAUCAUGGGAGGAAACACGGAAUCCAGGGGCAACACCACCGUGUGCGGGGAGUUCAACUUCGUGGCUGACCCCGAGGCGGCCUACAUCGUGCUGGACCGGUUCACCUGCCCCACCUACAUCGCCUCGUGGGAGUUCACCUGCAGGAACAGCCUGCCGUGGUCUUUCUGCAACGCUUGGCUGGCCCAGGACACCGACAAGGCCCGUUUCAUGGAGAAGAUCUCCCUCCACACCAGAACGAUGGUCCAGACCGAGCGGUAUCAAAAGGAGCUGGUGUCGGGACCCGGGUUCAACACCUGCGACACCUACGCUCUGGCUGCGGCCAUCGACGACGCGCUGGUGACGGAGAGCGAGGAGGUGGCGGUGACGGUGGAGUUGGAAGGGAAGCACGCCCGAGGCAUGAUGGUGCUGGACCACAUGGACCUGCUGAAGAAGAAGCACAAGGUCCACGUCAUGAAGAGCAUCGACCUGGAGAGGUUCAAGCAGCUGUUGAUGAACGCGCUGAAAUGAUGCCGCCGGCUUCUUCUAAACGGGGGAAUGCGGAGAAACUCCAAAUGGAAGAAAUCCCUUGUUUCAAAUUUCCUGUCAAGUAUCUUUGUCAGGGUUUGUAAUGAGUCUUGUUGAGCUACGUCGUCUCAUUUAAAGGAGGUUUUUCCAUCCGUUACAGUGUAAAUGACUGGCUUGUUAAAUAAAAAGACGUUUAUUCAUCCAUA